AUGGCCAGCGGUGCAAUUGAGCCGUUUCUAAAGGGCAGCACCUCUGAAAACACCCGUGGGCUGCUGCGUGUCGUUAUCUUACUGCUCAUCGCCGCAGCAGCAGUCUCCAGCAGAUUGUUCAGUGUCAUAAGUAUGGAUGUCUCCGCAAUCAAUUCACUUUACUACGUCCUACAGACCAAUAUCGAGCGUAAUGGCUAA